CGUUAUUAUUAAUUAUAGAAGAGAGGUUUUGUAAUAUUCCGCAGAACUAUACCCAAAAGCCCUAGAAAAUCACGAUUAAUCGUCCCUGGCAAUGGACACCGACGUGAUUAUGGUUCCCGCCGGCGAAGGAUCUUCAUCGGCUCCAGCUGCUUCAAAAAAGCCUAAGCGCUUCGAGAUCAAGAAGUGGAAUGCUGUUGCCCUUUGGGCUUGGGAUAUUGUUGUGGACAACUGUGCCAUCUGCAGGAAUCAUAUCAUGGAUCUAUGUAUCGAGUGUCAGGCCAAUCAAGCUAGCGCCACAAGUGAGGAGUGCACUGUUGCGUGGGGCGUAUGUAAUCAUGCUUUUCAUUUCCACUGCAUCAGCCGUUGGCUCAAAACCCGUCAAGUUUGCCCCCUCGACAAUAGCGAGUGGGAGUUUCAGAAGUAUGGUCACUAGAAGGUACAGUGAGGCAAUGGUGGAAAGGAAUUAUCUGAUUGUAAUACUCAUCCAAGGGAACUGAAAAAACAGCAAAAUCUGCAAAGUUUUGGAAACUUAAAGGCUUUGUUAAAGAAUGCUGUGAUUCAUCCUUUUUUGACCUUUUAAAUUGAGCCUUGCGAGUUUUGGAAUGCACAAAUAGGUUCUGAAGCUCUCUUUAUGUUUAAAAGAAUUCAUGUAAGAAUAUCUUAUGGGUAUUGUAACAGGUUGAAGAAGUCGCAUUGGAGCGUCUAACCUUAAGCAUUAGCUAAGGCCGAUUUUCCACUGGGACAACUUUUCAUCUGACUACAAUUAUGACUUGCGUUUAAAAAAUUGUCUGCCUGUAACUUGUACUUAGCACCAUAUUACUGGAAAAGUCCAGCUGUUGCAAUUAUUUGUGGUAGUUUAGCGGUUAUUGUUUA